CUCGUCUUUGAGUAGGAACUGGUAGUAAUCCUACAUCAGCAGAUUACCCUAACAAGCAACCUCUUCGAGCAUCCUUUCACUUGCAGUUGGAAUAGAAGCAGCAAACGACAGGAGGACAAUGCAGGAUAGCAACAACAACGACAAUAUCAACCACCGAUCUGCUCAUCAGCAACAACACGAUCGAAAUCAACAGGAGCAACAACAGCAGCAACAACAGCAGCAACAACUGAACAGCAUGCAAUCAUUGGCAUCGUCUGUUAACAGCAACAACAGCAGCAACGACGGAUUGGUCAAGCCAGGCGGUCUCCCAAUUCCUCCGUUUGACGCGGCCAACACGAUGAAUUUUUUCCAGCAACAAGCGGCGGGCUCUUCGCGUAGUAGCGACACAGAUAUUGGUGCCAUGGACGACGUUCAAUUCAGUGCGUCUCUGGACGCUCUCUUGAAUGGCGAUCAACUGAGUAAUCUCACAGCGGCGGCGCCAGGUCUAAACACUUCCGUGGUUCAAGGUCUGGCCGCUGGUGGGCUACAGAAUCUCCCGUCUCUCCCCGUUGGCAAUCCAAAUAUAUCCAUGGCACGCCCCACACAGCAGCAACAGCAGCAGCAACUACCCACACUACAGCAAUCCGCAAUUGGAAACACCCAGCAGUAUUUUGUGAUGGCUCCGGGGGCAGCUCCGGUGCCUCAAAUCACGUUGACAACCGGCCAGCCUCAGCAUCAAUCAGCGCAGCAGCAGCAGCAGCAACAAGCCUUUACCACAGCGGCCGUCUCUCAGCUGGCCGGAUUGCCUCUCGCAUAUGCCAAUCAAGCGGCUCUGCAGCUGGUGCCUCCGGGGCCGCAUAGUGCCGCUCAAAUGUCGCUUUCCGCAGGCCAUGCGGCAGCCACAGGAGCCUUUCACCCGGGAAAUGCUACGGCGACGGCACCCCCCACGACGAUGCCGGCUGGGAUUCCACAGCAAAUGGCGGCGGCGCCAUUUCCUUGGGCGAUCGCUACGAAUGUCGCGGGACAGCAACCACAACAGCAGCAGGUCAACGCUCCAGUGUCAUCUGCGACCACAUCUUCCACGGCGACGGUGUCGACGGCAGCAACCAUCAGCAGAGGAGGCAAACGACCUCGACCUGCUGCUGUUAGAGACGUUAGAGACAUAUCGGCAGUGUCGGAAGAUGAAGGCGACCGGGAGAAGCGCAGACAAGACCGAAAUAUAAGAGAGCAGCAACGUUCCCACAGAAUCACAGAGCAGAUUGCACAACUCCGAGACGUUCUUUCUUCUGCCAAUCUGCAAUUCAAGCCAGACAAAUAUUCCACUCUCACAACGGUAGCAGAGUACAUCACGCAGCUGCAAGAUCGAUCCAAGGUACUAGACGCCGAGCACAAGAAACUAUUGGAUACUAUUACGGAAACAAAUGAAAUUGUCAACAACCAAUACGUUCCGGCAUACACGUCGGGCUCGGAUUCUCCUCCUUCCAUCUCCAAUGAUCUCAUGGCAGGGGAUGGUUCAUCGUCUCUGGAUGACGAAUCAAUGGUCUUUGUUCGUGGCAUUGAUUACAAGGUAGCUUUCAAGGGUUGUGGCAUUCCCUUGGCUCUGUCCAGCAUUGAUGGAAGAUUCCUCGACUGCAAUGACACGUUUCUGGAAUUGACGGGAUAUUCUCGCGGUGAACUGCUGCCCCUUGAGAAGCCUGGUGGACAGAAUACUGUAAGGUUCUCGCCCGAUCAGGAUGAAUCGCACAAGAAGAAUCUCUCGCUCUUCAACUUGCUCAGCCGUGAUGGCAUGGAGCAGGUAUUCAUGGCAAUGAGUGAGAUGCUCAAGCAGCCAGGCAGCAUUGGAACUUCCGCUUCCAAGCCAACGGAAGCGUCAAAGUUGGCCGACUUCUGGAGUGGGCCUGUCAAGCUGUGUCGACAGGAUGAUUUGCCCGUCAAACUCAAUUGCACUCUCGUGCGAACCUCUCGCGGUCGUCCCAAAUUCUUUAAUUGCGCAUUAACUGCGCUUGAUGAAGAAGGCGACGAUCAAACCACCAUCACUUCUCAAUCUCAGUCUGAUGGAACCAAGGAAACAAACGCUCUCAUCAACGAACAGCAGCAACAAGUUGCGACCGGUGCACCAGUAGCUGGACAUGUGACAUCUGCGCCUCAUGUUGCCUGGGCGUCGGCUACCGCGGUAUCAGACGCCCAAGCAACAGUGCCUCCUAUGCCUGAUACCGCACAGGCAAUGUUGGCUCCUGUGACAGCUCCGGCGAAUGAUACUGCACCUAUGCCAGCUCCUCCACUGCCGACUGCCCAGGGCCAAGAGAACCCUCCGCAAGAAGCUCAAGCGGUGGAAAGUGCAGGCGAAGAGGGAGGAACGUAGACUCUCAAGGCCAAUUGGUGGUACCGUCCUCGUGGUGCUGGCCGAGUCCAAGACCCUUCGAGCCAGAACCUUCAUUUCCUCGAUUGCACACGCCAGUCACAACUCUUUCUGAAGUCUGAAGUCACGUCUUCAAUCUACGAUCAUAACUCUGAUGACACGACGCUGAUACAGUUGAUUUUGGCACUGUGAUACGUAUUUUCUUCAACUCCAUUCAAGUCUAUCAAGCAAGGAAAAUCAGGAUGCCUAUCACUGUUUCAUUUCAUUUUCUCACAUCACAUACAUCGUGGUAAUAGCGGGAAAGACCGGAGCCAUGAUAGCACAGCAGACACGAAACAGUUGUCCACGUUUUGUAUGCAGCAUGAGACUGCAAUAAUAUCUGUACGAUGCAAGAGUUUGAGUACAUGCUGAGGCAACAAAAGAAGUACUCCGUGCAUCCUCGACGACUCCAUUCUACAAGUGGAGUUUGUCCCGUAAUCUUAAUAAAAACAUCAUUUCAC